CCAGCUCUGAAGAUGAAUUGGGCAGCGGUGACGUGCUGGACCCUUCUGCUCCUGGCCGCUUUCUUCUGCGAGAACGUCACCAGCAAGGGAGGUCGUGGGGGAGCCCGAGGGGCAGCUCGUGGCAGGAGCCGCAGCAGCAGCAGCAGCAGCAGCCGCAUGAGAAUGAAGUCUGCCCCCCGCUACAGCUCCUCUGGCUCAGCCUUCCGAGUGGCAGCCGCUGCCUCCGCAGGUGCUGCUGCAGGGGCUGCCGCAGGAGCACUGGCCGGGGCCGCUGGGAGGAGAGUGUCUGGAGAGGUGGGCACCGGUGUCGGCUGGGAGAGGGACCUCUACUAUAGCAACCAGACCGGCGAAAGCGUCUACAGCUACAGGUGGACAUCAGGGACGGACCCUGGGGGUGUGGAGCCCAACCUCGGCCUCUGCUUGACUCUGGGUUUCUUUCAGCUCCUUCAUCCUUAG